CUCCGUGCUCCCGGGGACUUCCUCUCGCUGCGCUCCGGCUCUCCCGUGCAGGGCAGGAGCGGUCUCCGAGACCCCGCCACCCCUCACGCAGCCGGUGCUGGUGCCAGUGCGAAGCCGGCCCUGCCAUGACGGCGGAGGAGAAAAGGAACCUGCAAUGCUACAGGCGGUACAUCGAGAAGAGCCUGAACCCCGUGUACAUCCUGGGCAACAUGACGGCCUGGCUGUCGGACGAGGAGAAGGAGCGGGUCCGUAAGGAGGAGGAGAAGGGUGUGACGGCGGCCGCCGCACUGUUCUUGGAUACCAUCCUGCUGCUGGAGGCGGAGGGCUGGCUCCGGGGCUUCCUGGAUGCCCUGGUUGCAGCAGGUUACACUGGGCUGGCAGAAGCAAUUGAAAACUGGGACUUCAGCAAGCUGGAAAAACUGGAGUUGCACAGACAGAUGUUGAAGCGGAUAGAAGCAACUAUGCUAGAAGUUGAUCCAGUAGCACUCAUGCCUUACAUAAACACGUGCCUGAUAGAAAGGGAGUGUGAUGAGAUCCUGCAGAUUAGCGAAUACAGAAGCAAAGCAGCUGGGAUAACUAAACUCAUUGAAUGUCUCUGUCGAUCAGAUAAGGAAAACUGGCCAAAAAGCCUUCAGCUGGCACUGGAUAACACAGGAUAUUACAAUGCAAGUGAACUGUGGGAUAUGAGAGAAGAUAAUGGCAAAGACGUUGAUGGUGAAAUGACAGAUGCCUUUAAGAACAGAUUUGAAACCACAGUGACAUUUUCUGAAGAGGCAGAAUGUGAUAAUAAUCUCAGUGAAAAUCUCUGUUCAGGUUCAGAAGAGGUCUGUCAGUCUUCACCUGUUUAUGAACCAAUGAAGGCUCGGAGCUACCAGACUGAACUUGCACAGCCUGCUAUAAAUGGGUAUAACACAUUGAUAUGUGCCCCCACAGGAUCUGGGAAAACUUUUGUGGCACUGAUGAUUUGUGAACACCAUUUCCAAAACAUGCCCUCAGGACGAAAGCCAAAAGUUGUCUUUCUUGCAAUCAAACUGCCAGUGUAUGAACAACAGAAAAAUGUUUUCAAGCAGCACUUUGAAAGAAGUGGAUAUUCUGUUCAAGGAAUUAGUGGUGAAACAGUUGCAAAUGUCUCUGUAGAAAAGGUUAUACAGGACAGCGACAUCAUUGUGCUAACACCCCAGAUUCUUGUGAAUAGCAUUGAGGAAGGGAUCCUUAGCUCCCUCUCCAUCUUCACUCUGAUGAUAUUUGAUGAGUGCCACAACACUAUGGGCAACCACCCUUACAAUGUGUUAAUGACCAGAUACCUGGAACAAAAAUUUGACUCCCCUGCAAGUCAACUACCUCAGAUUGUAGGUUUAACUGCUUCUGUUGGAGUUGGUAAUGCCAAGACCAUCAAGGAAACAAUAGAGUAUGUCUGUACUGUCUGCGCCAACCUUGAUGUACAGGCCAUAUCUACUGUCAGAGAGAACAAACAGGAUCUGCAGAGAUUUGGAAACAGGCCAGAAAUACAUGUCAGAUGGGUGAAAAUGAGAGCUAAAAAUCACUUUGCAGAGAUUAUCUCAGGCCUGAUGUCUGAGACAGAGGAGUUGAUGAGAAAGAAUUACUCAGUAGCAGAUGCUAUCUCCCAGAUCAACAAGAAUGAUUUUGGAACACAGAGAUAUGAACAGUGGAUAGUUACCACUCAGAAGAAAUGCAGACUACUGCAACUGGCAGAUAAGGAGAAGGAGAGCAACAUUUGUAGAGACCUUUUCAUUUUCACUGAACACCUGCGUAAAUUCAAUGAUGCUCUCAUCAUCAGUGAAGAUACCCGCAUUGAAGAUGCUUUAGUCUACCUAACUGAUUUUUUCAGAAAUGUCAGAAAUGGACCAUAUACAGAGUUAGAGAAGCAGCUUACAGCCAGAUUUCAAGAGAAAGAACCAAAACUGUCUGCCCUUUCAAAAGAUGAAUCAAAUGAGAAUCCCAAACUGGAAGAGCUUGCUUGUAUCCUGGAUGAAGCAUACCACUAUAACCCACAGACUCGCACUAUUCUCUUUGCUAAGACAAGAGCCUUAGUAGCUGCUUUGAAGAAGUGGAUAGAUGCAAACCCUCUAUUUAGCCACAUAAAGCCAGGUAUAUUGAUGGGUCAUGGAAGAAGAGAUCAAAAAACAGGUAUGACCCUCCCAAUGCAGAAGGGUGUGCUGGAUGCAUUCAGAACCAACAAAGAAACCAGACUGCUAAUUGCUACUUCUGUUGCUGAUGAAGGCAUUGAUAUUUCCGAGUGUAACCUUGUUGUGCUCUAUGAAUACUUUGGUAAUGUCACCAAAAUGAUCCAAGUCAGAGGUCGUGGAAGGGCUAAAGACAGCAAGUGCAUCCUCGUGACAAACAAAACAGAAGUGGUUGAGAAAGAGAAACACAACCGUUACAAGGAAGAAAUGAUGAAUGAAGCUGUUGAAAAGCUACAGAAUUGGGAUAAAAGAACAUUUGCAAGAAAGAUACAUGAUUUGCAAAUGAAGGAAAAGGUAUUACGGGAUUCCAGGAAGAAAGAAACGCGAUACAAGGUAGUGGAAGGAAAGAAAAAUCUUCUGUGUGGAAAAUGCAAAGUAUUUGCCUGCAGUACAGAUGACAUCAGAAUUAUAAAGGAAUCUCAUCACACUGUCCUAGGAGACGCAUUCAAGGAGCGGUAUAUAACAAAGCCUCACCAUAAACCAGUCCAGUUUGAUUGUUUUGAGAAAAAAAGCAAGAUGCAUUGCCAAAAUACUAACUGCCAGCAUGACUGGGGAAUCAUAGUGAAGUACAGGACAUUUGAUAAUCUACCAGUGAUCAAAAUCAAAAGCUUUGUAGUAGAGAACAUUGAAACCAAGACACAAAUGGAUUUUCAGAAAUGGAAAGAUAUUAAUUUUUCUCUGAAGAAUUUUGAUGCUGAAGAACUGUCCAGCUGAACUCAGCAUUUUAAUGCAUUUAUCAACCUACUGCACUAAGCUGAAGUAUGAGUAAAAAAGUUUUGUUCUUUAUGCCACCUUAUAUGCUCUGCCCCAUAUCAGCAUCUGGCUAAAAUAAAAAAAAAUGCUAGUAUGGUCACUAGAAAAAACUGCUAUCUAAUUAGAUGUUUCACUAGAAGGUUUAAUAUAAGUAGAGCCAGACUUGUGCCUAAGCCUCUAGAUCUUAAUCCUGCCGCUAUGAAGAGGUUAGUCUGAGAAAAACAAAAUCAAUUUGAAUGACUAACUAAACUUCUAAUGUCAGGUGACAGACUACAACUUCAAGCACUUCUAUGUGAAUCAGAAUUUGUUACCAGUGACUUCUGGUUGGAUCUAACCUCCAUGUAGACAACAUGGCUUAUGCAUGCUAAUAUUCCGGCUACUUUUAAUGCUUUAAGCAUCUUGGUAUAUAGAAAAUUGAGAGAAAAUGUCCAAUAACUUUUCUGUAAGGCUUAUACUGCAUCUUUCAAAUCCACCUUUAAUAGAGAAUUCUUCUGCAACACUGAGAAAUGCAGCAGGGCUUCAUGAAGCCCUCCUGGAGGACGCAUCUUCUGGAUUGAAAUGGUAGCAGUUUCCUUCCAUCACUGCAUGUUCAUCAGUUGCCACUGCACAUUUCAUGUAUGUAAAUUAUGUGUCUGAAAUAUAUGAAUCCUGAAGAAAACCACCUUGAAAUAGGAAACUAAGUAGGAGUCCAAAAUGUAUUUAACUGCCUAAACCCUAGUGAGACUUGUGGUGUUCUUUCAAAGUGUUACGUGGCAUUAAAGAGUAAACCAACUUUUUAAGCACUG